AUGGGGAUUAAAGAUAUUUCAAAUGAAGUACUGCAGAACCCUGAACUAUACGGUCUUAGGAGGUCUCAUAGAGCUACCGCUCACCAAAAUAGUGGGUAUUAUAACGACAGCGAUGACGACGACGACGAAGAUAAAAUUGUGCAUAACUCAAGGAGAAGAUCAAAACAUAAAAGUAAUAGCAACAACAGUAAUAAUAAUAAUAACAAUAAUAAUAAUGAUGAUGAUGAUGACGAUAACGACGAUAACGAGGAUGACGAGACAGUAUUAUCCGAUGAAGUCGAUGAAGACGACGAUGAUGAUGAGGAGUUAAAUGAAGAUGAUGACGACUAUUACGGAUCCCCUGUUAAAAAACAGGCAAAACAACAGCAUAGAAAGAAGAAACAAUCUUCUUCCUCCUCAAACGUAAAGAAAGAAAAGGAACUACAAUUGCCUACAAGAUUCUCAUCCCGUAAUAAUAGAACAGUCAAUUACAACCUGGAUUAUUCAGAUGACGACCUAUUAGAGUCCGAUUUGGAAAAGGAACAAUAUGACGAAAAUUUAGAUGAUGAGGAAGAUGAUGAAAAUUUAUCAGAUAAUUAUGAAUAUUCAGCCACUCCUCAACCUGAAGAAGACCACAGCAUUGACGUCAUAAUAACACAUAGGUUAAAGGAAUCAGCAGACAAAGAUUUAUUGAAAAUUGUCCCUGAUUUAAAUGACUGUAAAGAACAUUUCGAAUUCUUAAUUAAGUGGAACGAUGAAUCUUAUCUACAUAAUACUUGGGAAUCAUACGAAUCAUUGGGACCCGUCAAAGGUCUCAAAAGAUUAGACAACUACUGUAAACAAUUCAUUAUCCAAGACCAACAAAUAAGGUUAGAUCCAUACAUAACCAGGGAAGAUAUAGAAGUCAUGGAUAUGGAUAUGGAGAGAAGACUAGACGAAUUUAAAGAAUAUGAGAUCCCUGAAAGAAUUAUAGAUAGUGAUCGUAUUACUUUAGAAGACGGGUCAACACAAUUACAAUAUCUAGUCAAAUGGCGUCGUCUAAAUUAUGACGAAGCUACUUGGGAAAAUGCAAAUGACAUCGUUAAAUUAGCUCCAGAUCAAGUUAGACAUUUUCAAUCAAGAUCAAAUUCGAAAAUUUUACCACAAUAUUCUAGCAGUCAUCCUGCUACUCAAAGGCCACCUUUUGAAAAACUAAGCGUACAACCUUCUUUUAUUAAAAAUGGGGAAUUAAGAGAUUUUCAAUUGACAGGUAUCAAUUGGAUGGCUUUCUUGUGGUCAAAAAAUGAUAACGGUAUCUUAGCCGAUGAAAUGGGUUUGGGUAAAACUGUCCAAACUGUUGCAUUCUUAAGUUGGUUAGUUUAUGCCAGAAGGCAAAACGGUCCUCAUUUAGUAGUGGUCCCAUUAUCAACAAUGCCUGCUUGGCAAGAAACUUUUGAAAAAUGGUCUCCAGAUCUAAAUUGUAUUUAUUAUAUGGGUAAUCAAAAAUCAAGAGAUGCCAUUAGAGAAUAUGAAUUUUAUACCAAUCCACAAGCAAAAGGUAAGAAAAAUAUCAAAUUCAAUGUAUUAUUAACAACUUACGAAUAUAUUUUAAAAGAUCGUUCUGAAUUAGGUAGCGUUAAAUGGCAAUUUUUAGCCGUCGAUGAAGCUCAUAGAUUAAAAAAUGCCGAAUCAUCAUUAUAUGAAUCUUUAAAUAGUUUUAAAGUUUCAAAUCGUUUAUUAAUUACAGGUACCCCACUUCAAAAUAAUAUCAAGGAGCUAGCUGCAUUAGUUAAUUUCUUAAUGCCUGGAAGAUUUACUAUUGAUCAAGAAAUUGAUUUCGAAAAUCAAGAUGAAGAACAGGAACAUUAUAUCAGAGACUUACACCAAAGAUUACAACCUUUCAUAUUACGUCGUUUGAAGAAAGAUGUAGAGAAAUCUCUACCCUCGAAGACUGAACGUAUUCUGCGUGUUGAAUUAUCUGACGUCCAGACUGAUUAUUAUAAGAAUAUUUUAACUAAAAAUUAUUCUGCUUUAACAGCAGGCACGAAAGGUGGCCACUUCUCUUUAUUGAAUGUAAUGACUGAAUUGAAAAAAGCUUCUAAUCACCCAUAUCUUUUUGAUUAUGCCGAAGAACGUGUUUUGCAGAAAUUUGGUGAUGGAAAUAUGUCUAGAGAAAAUAUUUUAAGAGGUUUGAUCAUGUCGUCUGGUAAGAUGGUAUUGUUAGACCAACUAUUAACAAGAUUAAAAAGAGAUGGCCACCGUGUUUUAAUUUUUUCUCAGAUGGUUAGAAUGUUGGAUAUCAUGGGUGACUAUUUAUCCAUUAAAGGUAUCAACUUUCAAAGACUGGAUGGUACUGUACCAUCUGCUCAAAGAAGAAUAGCAAUUGAUCAUUUCAAUGCUCCUGAUUCAAAUGACGAUGUCUUUUUGUUAUCUACAAGAGCUGGUGGUCUAGGUAUUAAUUUAAUGACAGCAGAUACAGUUAUUAUUUUCGAUUCUGAUUGGAAUCCACAAGCAGAUUUACAAGCUAUGGCAAGAGCUCAUCGUAUCGGUCAAAAGAACCAUGUUAUGGUAUAUCGUUUAGUUUCUAAAGAUACUGUCGAAGAGGAAGUUUUAGAAAGAGCCCGUAAGAAAAUGAUCUUGGAAUAUGCUAUUAUUUCUCUUGGUGUCACUGACGGCAAAGUAUCAAAUAAAUCUAAAGAACCCAGUGCGGGUGAACUUUCGGAGAUUCUAAAAUUUGGUGCUGGUAAUAUGUUUGCUGCAAAAGAUAACCAAAAAAAAUUAGAAGAUUUGAACUUAGAUGAUGUCUUGAACCACGCUGAAGAUCAUAUUACUACACCUGAUCUAGGAGAGUCUCACUUAGGUGGGGAGGAAUUCUUGAAACAAUUUGAAGUCACUGAUUAUAAAGCGGAUGUUGACUGGGACGAUAUUAUUCCAAAAGAUGAACUAAAAAAGUUACAAGAUGAAGAACAAAGAAGAAAAGAUGAAGAAUAUGUUCAGGAACAACUUCAAAUGAUGAAUAGAAGAAAUAAUGCCUUAAAGAAGAUCAAAGACAGUGUAAAUGGUGAUGGCAUUAGUCAAGAUUCUGAUGAUGAUGAAUCAAUGAAAACUUCUAGAAAGAGAGCUAAAGCAAAUGAUUUGAACUCUAUUGGUGAAAGAGAGAUCCGUGCCUUAUACAGAGCUGUAUUAAAACACGGUGAUUUGAUUCCAGUUUUGGGUGAAUUGAUCGCUGAUGGUUCUUUACCAGUUAAAUCUAUCGAAAAAUAUGAAGAAAUUUAUACUGAAAUGAUGGAUAUGGCUAAAAAGUGUGUCGAGAAAGCGGAACAAGAAAGAUCACAGAUCUUUGAAGACUUAGAAAGGGAUGCCAAAGAAUUCAAGUUGAAGCUAAAAUCAGGAGAAAUUAAAUUAGAGGAUCAACCUAAGGAUAAUCCGUUAACCAGAUUGGCCGCCAAAAGAAGGGAGAAAAAGGCUGUUUUAUUUGAAUUUUAUGAUGUGAAGUCAUUAAAUGCUGAAUCAUUAGUCAAUAGGUCAAAUGAUUUGAAAUUAUUAAGCACUGUUAUAAGCAAGUUUUCCAAAGAUGAUCCAUUGAAGUUUACAAUAACUGGUAAAAUGCCAAAACCUGUACAAAGUUGGAAUUGUUUGUGGGAUAAAGAGGACGACGAAAAAUUAUUGGUCGGUGUUCAUAAGUACGGUUAUAACUCAUGGGUACAAAUACGAGAUGAUCCAUUCUUAGGGUUGGGAGAUAAGAUAUUUUUGAACGAAGGACCAGAUUCGAAAAAGACAACCCAACCACCUAGCAGUGGUACUAAUGAAACUUCUGAAACUGCUGUUGAAGCUGAGAAGAAAGGCAAAGGUAUUACUGGUUCUUCAAAGAAAGUUCCCGGUGCUAUUCAUUUAGGUAGAAGAGUCGACUACUUAAUUAGUUUCUUAAAGGAUGAGCCAAAGGAUACUGAUUCAUCAGGAUCUAACAACGACAAGCUACCUAAUGGGCCAACAAAGAAGAGACCUAGAAAGAUCACCGCAACAAACAGUAGUAAGACUAAUUCUCCUGGUCUAGAAAAACAGGAUACUGGCAAUGGUACUGAACCAUCAUCUAAAAGAUUGAAGCCAUUACCAAAGGGUCCUGCAGGGUUAAUACAUAAUAUGAGAAGUAGUUCAAACAGUCCAACAUCAUAUACCAAAUCCAAGACACCUAAGAAUCAUCCACAUGGCGGUGCGAACAAACCAAUAUCACCAGCCAGUACGUCUGAACACGAGAAAGAGUAUCCAGAAAUGGAUGAAGACGAAUGUAGACAAGUGAUGUCGAAGAUGAGAACAUCAUUGAUGAGGUUGAGGAAAGGUGGUAAAGGACUUGAUCGUAAAGAAUGGGCAAAGAUCUUAAAAACAGAACUAACAGCAAUUGGUGAUCAUAUCGAUUCACAUAAAACAGAAUCCAAGAAAACCACUAAUCCUGAAACAUUCCGCAUGUAUCUAUGGUCAUACAGUGCUAAUUUCUGGCCUGCUCCUGUAAAGAGCACUAAACUUAUGGCUAUGUACGACAAGAUAUCCAGCUCCCAAGACAAGAACUAA